UUGUACGUAUUUAUGUAUAAAUAGGAUUUCUAUAAUAAAAACAAUAUUGUAAGUCAAUUUUCAUUUAAAGUUGGUUUUGCACUAUCAUAAAUAAAGUUUCUAUUGCUUAUUAUUUGGACAAAGUAAUCCGAUGGAUUCCACCCAAAACGUUCCCCAUGAUAUCAUAAUCGAUAUACUCGCACAACUUCCUGUGAAAGCACUUAUAAGGUUUAAAGGUGUUUGCAGAUCAUGGUAUUCGUUAAUUAAAGACAAUAAAUUCAUCAAACAACACUACGAUACUCACAAAAAUUGCCAAAAGUACUUUAUGACUUGUAGAAGACGCAAUAUGAAGAACCAAUUCAAUUACUACCACUACACCAUGGACGUCCCUCAACUUGAUUCUACUAGUACAAUCUCUCUUGUCGAAUCUCCGGUUCCAAUUGAUCGAUCGCGAAUGGUAUUGGGUAACACACAAUAUUUCUCAUGUAAUGGAAUACUUCUUAUAAUUACAUAUGCUAAUGAUAUCGUGUUGUGGAACCCAGCCACUAAAGAAUCAAGAAGAAUCCCUUGUCCAAUUCGGAGUAAGAGUGGUGGUCUUUAUAAUUUUUGCUACUUUCCGAGUAUUGACAGCUACAAAAUAUUUAGACUAGGACGUGAAGUUUUUAAUGAUGACAAAAAUGACAUGGAUAUUGAUAUAUUUUCAACGAAAGGUAACUCGUGGAAAUCUGUUGGCAUGUUUCCUUCAAAUUAUGAUUUCUUAGAUAGUAGCAUUGUUAUGUCAGAUGGGAUUGUUUAUAUGAUGGCGAAGAGAAUUGGAAAUUUAGUCAGUAGUACAAUAUUACGUUUUUGUUUGGAGAAAGAACAAUUUGAAGAGGAAUUGCUAUGUGUGGACACGAUACCAGGGAGAAUACGUAUUUUGUAUUCUGUAGGAGAAAAACUUUGUUUGAUUAGUUCAUCUGGAGAUAAUAAUGAGGUUCGUGAGAUUUGGUUGUAUAUGAUGACAACAAAUUCAUGGAGUAAGAUAUUGACAAUUCCGUUAACUUUGAGACCUUUGAGUUUUAUGGAGGAUGGAGGCAUGAUGUUUCAAAAGUUCAAUAGAUCUGGGUUCGUGUUCGAGGCUUACAAUUCAACAACACACAAAUUUGAACAAGUUAAUGUAACUGAAAUUGAAGGACUUAACUUAUUCAAUAGGGUUGUAACCUACGUUGAAACUUUAUCCUCUCCUAAUUCGUAAAGGUAAUUAGACAAGACCAGAUACACCUGCAGGCGGACAUUCACGGGAGAAAGCUGUUUAUAUAGUCUGUUCAUAUA